AUGGCAGUCUCUCCGGCGGAGCCCUACGCCGCGUCUGCCAACGCAAAUAUCACCGCCGCCAAAGCCAAAGCGCUCACCGUUCUACAACACAAUGCCGCCAAAGCACUGUCUCCCCGCACCGCUGCCGCAUCAACAGGCUCCACCUCUGACGAUGCGCCGCGCGAUUUGUCUGAGGCGAUGAACGAGGAGAUUAAAAACAGAUAUAAGAAGACAACAAAGCUCGGUGAAGGUACAUACGCCAUCGUAUACAAGGGCGAAGUUGUGGCGAAGCCCGGACAGUUUGUCGCCAUCAAGAAAAUUAAAGUGAACGCCGAGUUCAAAGACGGCAUCGCGAUGGACGCCAUCCGAGAAAUCAAGCAUCUGCAGGAGCUGGACCACCCGAACGUCAUCAAGCUGCACGCCGUGUACAGUUCGAAGGCGCAGAACCUGAACCUUGUUCUCGAGUUUCUUCCUCUCGGUGACCUGGAGCAAAUGAUGAAGGCGCGCGACACGAUAUCCUACGCGGCGGCCGACGUUAAAUCGUGGAUGGGCAUGGCGAGCCGUGGUCUUUGGUGGUGCCACGCCAACUUUGUUCUGCACCGCGAUAUAAAGCUCAACAACUUGCUCAUCGGCGCCGACGGCGAGGUCAAGCUGGCCGAUUUCGGUCUGGCCCGCUCCUUCGCCGAGCUGUACGCGCCCAUGACGUACAAUGUCAUCACGCGGUGGUACCGGCCGCCCGAGCUGCUCUACCAGGCGCGCUUCUACUCGGGCGCCGUCGACGUGUGGAGCAUGGGCGUCGUCUUCGCCGAGCUCGUACGCCGCGACUUCUUCAUGCCUGGCGACACCGACCUCGCCCAGAUCGACCAGAUCGCCAACGUCUUCGGCACCCCCACCGAGGACAACUGGCCCGGCGUCUCCAAGCUGCCCGGCUAUAUCAAGCCCGCCGCCGACGGCGCCGACGUCAAGCGCGGCUGGCCCCAGGGCUUCUGGGACUCCGAGUUCGGCCUCAUCGGCCCCCUGGGCAUCCAGCUGCUCCGCUUCAUGCUGACCCUCGACCCCCGCAAGCGCGCCACUGCGAAGCAGGUCCUCGAGCAUCCCUGGUGGACGGCGGAGCCGAAGCCGACGCCCAAACAGGACCUGCCGAACCCCAACAAGACGAAGGCCAAGGCAGAGCUCGAGAAGAGGAUGGGCGAGGAUCUGAAGAGGCGCGGCGGCGAAAUUCCUGGCGAGGAGGGCCGUGGGGACAAGGUGGCCAGGAAGUUGGAUUUUUCGUCCUUCAGGUGA